CUGCGAAUGAAAACUGGUGAGCAAUCAUAAUAAAUACAUUUUCCCCGCCUUUUUUUGAAUGCGUAUGUUUUCAUUACCAUCUACUACUGCGCGAAUCAAUAACAUUCUAAUCUCUUAUCGUGACAUAAGUCUAAUAUUUCAAAUUUAGGAGAAAUUGAAAAUCAUUCGAAUUAUUGGACUUUACGUAAUUCUGUUAUUUCUGGUAGGUGAAGAUUUCUUCUCAUCGACUCCUGAUAUAAAAAAGCAAAAAAGUAAUUUAUAAUAUAUAUUAUGGGUUUAGCGCGGUUAGUACACAUACGGAAGAUUGAAGAAAUAUUGCUGUCAUGGUUCACUAUUAAAGCCAGUCUUGUUGGUGGUAUUAUUUAUUAUUCUGUACAAGAAGGUCUUUGGUCCAAACAUAAUGAGAGUCUUAAGUUGUAUGAAAAAAUACAUAAAAAUGUUACUCCAUAUUUAAAGGGAAAUAUUCCUACAGAAAUUACCGAUGGUAUUCCACCGAUACCUAGUACUGCAGAUCUAAAAUAUUGGUUAUUAACAAAAUGGAAUGCAGGAGUGAUCACGAGUAUUAAAUUUGUAGCAGAUAGUCCUUCCCAUAUUACUAAGGCUUACGAGGCUGUUUCAAAAUUUACGCAGGAAAAAACAGAACAGCUGAUAAAGUCUGAAUAAAUAGUUUUCAUUUUAUUAGUCAUGUUAUGUACAUUUUAGAAAAAAAUGGUGUCGUUCAAUCACAGAAUAUAUAGAUUUACAUUUUUGUGUGAGAUGUUCAACGAAACGUUUUCUUUAGAUAUAUUUUUUAUGCAAUACCAGAAAAUAAAUUGAAAUGGAAUGAAAAUAGUAACAAUCAACUGAAUAUAAUAUAAUAAAUUAACUAUUUAUUUUA